GAGGGACUCAACAAGGAGAUAUUCAGGCCCACCAAUCAUGGGCGACUGGUAAGCACUGUAUUCGAGCUAAAAGGGAGGGGCGCAGACAAUGCCACCAAUGGAAGAGACCAUGGAAGCAGGGUCGUCGGUAGUCGACCAGACCACGGGGUUCAGGGACUGGACCAUCGGGGACUCUUGAACCCUUGCGUCUGACACCGGUUGUAUUUUGGUGGAGAGGCGGUCCGAUUAAGAAAUACGGCGAUUAGCUAGGCAGGAUAAGGCAAUUUUAUUAGAAAGGGUAUUUGGGGGCUGGCUCUUUCGCAUUGUUGCGUGCGCAGCCUCGCGUUGCUUCCCAAAACGCAUGGGCAAUUCGCCAGGGUUUAGCAAUGUCAUGUGGGAUAUUCCCGAUCUUUUGCACCGGCGUAGCGAAAUCGCGGAAUCCGAUAGUAAACCCGACCGUGCCGAACCUGGAUGGUUUUCUUGGUAUUCUUCAGCCGCACCGUACGCCGCGCGUAUAAAUCGUGAUGCGGCGGCGCGGGCAACUUGGCCAGAGCAGACCUGAGGGAAAAUAUAUCAAAUAAAAUUCUCAAGUAUAAAGCUAUACAAAAAUGAGGGGUAUCGGACAAGAUGUUGCUGUUGUUGGCUUGGGCGUGCUGGGGCUAGUCACGGUAAAGAACUUGGCGGAAGAAGGAUUCAAUGUCACUGGAUUCGACAGGAAUGGCUAUGUUGGCGGUCUAUGGCACUUUUCGCCUGGAGAUCAAGUCUCUAUCCUGCCUACAACCGUUGUCAAUAUUUCCAAAGAAAGGGUGAGACAGUUUUAUCAGAAACAGAACUUCAACUCUAACGUUUGCAAAGGUCUGCUAUACCGACUUUCCCUUUCCCAAAGAGACCCCCAGCUACUGCAGCGCAGUGCAAGUCGAGCAGUAUAUGGAGGAUUAUGCCGAUCACUUUAACCUUCGACCUCGUCUACGACUCAACACAACCGUUACAAAAGUUCGUCGAGACGAGAAGGCAAACAAAUGGAUCCUGGAUAUUGAAGGCUCCGAUCCUCAAAUAUUUGAUCGAGUUGUGAUGGCGACGGGCAUUCAAGGCACACCACAUAUUCCAAAGAUCCCAGGCAUGGAGCUAUUUGCUGGCAACAAUGUUCACUCUAGGGCGUUUAAAGAUCCCGCCGCUUUUAAGGGCAAGCGAGUCGUCGUAGUUGGUCUUGCCAACACUGGCGCCGACACAAUCGACGCUCUAUGCCCCCAUGCUAAAGAAGUUUACAUCUCUCAUGGCCAUGGCUCUAUUGUUUUUCCGCGCAUCGGAGCUAACGGCAAACCAUUCGACCACUCCUUCUCGAGCCGCAAGCUAGCAACGUCCGGAUUUCUUGCAGCCAAUUUUCCCAAGCUUCAUGAGUUUCUGAUGAAUUCCAUGUUGAAGAAGAUGCAAGGCGAGUUCUUCCAGAUGAAACCAGAAUGGCGCCUGUCUCCGGCUCCCUCCAUCGUGCACGCGAUCCCUGUCGUUUCCGACAAUCUGGUGCAGAACUUUACAGAUGGUAAAGUGACAUCAAUUCCUCGGAUUAGCAAAGUACUCGGUCCUACCACCCUAGAGCUUGAAGAUGGCUCCAAGGUGGAAGCUGACAGUAUUGUCUGGUGCACCGGAUAUCAGUCAGACUUUAGACUGAUUGAUGCGCUGGCCGACCCGACGCGCAAUACAACGCCACGGUGGGCAGCCGCAAAGGGAUCCAAGGGCAAACCUCUACCACGAUUAUACCAGAAUGUAAUUUCGGAGGAUUAUCCCGAUUCUUUGGCCUUUAUGGGCGGCGUCGCCUUUCUCACGGGUGUCUUUUCGUUGUACGAUCUGGCCUCGAUGGCCGUUGCGCAGAUCUGGAAGGGUAGCUCAACCCUGCCAUCCAAACAGGAAAUGAAUCACGCGAUAGAUAAGCACCAUGAACACAUGUGCACGAUCGCCGAACAAGGCCCCGUUAUUCCUGGCUGGGUUGAGGGAAGCCAAUGGCUUGACUGGGCCAAUCGGAUGGCGGGCACGGGAGUUGCCGAGCAUCUGGGUUGGGGUGCAGAGGGAUGGAAAUUCUGGAUGAACGAUAGAGAGCUCUGUAGCCUCCUUAUGGAUGGUCUUCUCAGUCCACAUAUGUAUAGACUGUUUGAUGGCAAGAGAAAGAAAUGGGAUGGAGCGAGAGCCGAGAUUUACAGAGUCAACGGCAAGAGCACCAACUAGACACAUUUCAUUGUGUAUUAAUAUUAUUGGUAUUAUAGUUUGUUCUUUUAAUAGAUUUCAUGGCGUG